CCUUCGAAUUGAACUGUUCCUUCCAGAGCUUUCGCUGCAAACGACAUUUUAAAAAAGUACGAAGUUUUCUUAAUUUCAAUAAUGGCUUACAUGGUCUCAAAUACUGCCAGCAACCUGAAAGUUUUCUGGUCGUUUUCCAACCGUCAUCGCUUGGCCAAAUUUUGGUUAGUAACUAUUGCUCUCUUCGUUACUAGACCAUUAUUGAUUUCUACAAGUCCAUUAACAGAUGGCCCUGGAAAAUUAACUGACGCGAUUAUGAUAGAAGUUGAUGCCGAUUUCGAUCGAUUUGUCGACCAAAUCAAAGGUUUGGUUUCCGCGGUCGCAACUGGUACGUCAAGCGGUGACAAGGCGGCGAGACUUCGGAAGAGGGAUGCAUCCAGUGGGCAAUUGCUUCCCGUCAGCGAAGCAAUAAAGCACAUUGCACAGGGUUCAUAUUUUCCUUUCGAAGCACCCAAUAGUUGUUCUCUAACUGAAAAUGAGUUAAACAACAUCAACAAUUUGCUAGAAAGUCUCGGUAGUGGAGAGGUAAGUAGCAACUUGACGUGUGAAGUGAAGGAAGAUAAACUUUCGGUUUUUAGUUUGCCUGGUUCGCCUGAAUAUUGCAAUCAGAUAAUUGAAUCCAUUAUUAGAAAUAUUAAUGGUGUGAAACAUGCUUUUCGCUGCUUGAACGCGUCAGAAGAGGUUACAGAUCAACGCUACGAGGAAUUAAAAGCAGCUUACGAAGGCGAAGUUCGUCGGUUGAAUUCAUUAAUGGAAAAUGAAAAAAAAAAAUUUGAUCAGAAAUUUCAAGAGAAGAUUGAUGAGUUAAAAAAAAGUUAUCACGAAAUAGAAAAAAAAAUGCAAGAGAUUUUGGAAAAAUUUCAAGAAGAACGACUCGCACAUUCAAUUGUUAGUAUCAAAUUGAUUGUUGAGUGUUUGGUAAAUGGGAAUACGGAAUUAGCGUUGGAGACACACAAAGCGAAAACCAUGGGCAUCAGUAAAACCAUUGCGAUAGUGCAACGAGCUAUUGGCAAAGAAUUCAACGGAAGAGUUCCUAAUAAAAACGUCAUCAAGUUUAUAGAUGGAUUGAAGGAUAAUGUUGACGCAAUGGUACACGGCAUUAUCAGUGUAUUCAGCGAAAUGGAGAAAAGACAGAUCCUUGAUCGGGAUACUGUUAACAGUUUGCAUGUAACAAUAAAAAAUGUCAUUAAAACAUGUAUCGAUCUAGAAGGCACUGAUUCGGAGGAAUCUAAAUUAACUCUAGAUGACUAUACGAUGGAUCAACUAAUUGUCAUUAAUAAUAAAAUAGAAUUUUUAAAGUAUAGUUAUGGUCAAUAGAAUUUGAAAUUUCUUUUUUUUUUUAAGUGUUAUGUUUUUUAACGCACGCUGUUAAAUGUCUUAUCACCAAGCUCCUGGUUAAACAGUUUGUUACCAUUUCAUGUUAAUGUUGAAUGCACGUUACGGUGAUCUGAUUCUACUGAGCCAAACACGGUUGUAGUGUGGGAAAAUAUGUAGCAAUUAUACAUCUAAGCUGGUAGUAAUAAAAAUAUUUUGAAAUAUUGA